UGAAACUAGCUACAACGUCAGCGUGCGUCGGUUCAGCGAAUCUGGUUCAUGUCGAACAGACCAAAUACAGUCAACCGCAGGUGCGAGUACAGUGACAGCAGUCAGGACUUUAAACCUGAUUUUUAACUGUGUGUAUUGCGUUUCGCCAUGUUGUGGACGGCGAACACGAUCAUGAGGAAAUUCUCCACGAGCUCCGCUUACUGCCAAAAUAAACUGAAGCUGGCCCUGAUUGGUCAGAGCCUGUUUGGACAGGAAGUAUACACGAGCCUCCGCAAGCAGGGUCAUAAAGUGGUUGGUGUGUUUACAGUUCCUGAUAAGGAUGGAAAGGCGGACCCCCUGGCGGCGGUGGCAGAGAAGGACGGGACACCAGUGUUCAAGUUCCCACGCUGGCGGGUGAAGGGGGAGCCCAUACCGGAGGUGGUGGAGGCGUACAAGUCUGUGGGUGCCGAGCUGAACGUCAUGCCCUUCUGCUCUCAGUUCAUCCCAAUGAAUGUGAUUGACUACCCCAAACACGGCUCCAUCAUCUACCACCCGUCCCUCCUGCCCAGACAUAGAGGAGCCUCCUCCAUCAACUGGACACUCAUCGAGGGCGAUAAGAACGCAGGAUUUAGUAUCUUCUGGGCUGAUGAUGGUUUGGACACUGGUCCCAUCCUCCUGCAGCGGGAAUGUUCAGUAGAUCCCAACGAUACCGUGGAUACCCUAUACAACCGCUUCCUGUUUCCGGAGGGCAUCAAGGCCAUGGUUGAAGCUGUACAGCUUAUUGCAGACGGUAAAGCCCCCAAGAUCCCUCAGACUGAGGAGGGAGCCAGUUAUGAGGGCAUCCAGAAGAAAUCCAAUGCCAAGGUCAAUUUGGCCCAGUCGGCAGAGGCCAUGCAUAACUGGAUCCGCGGUCAUGAUAAAGUUCCAGGUGCCUGGGUGACUAUCGAUGGAAAGCCCGUGACGUUGUACACCUCAUCAAUGCUAAGCGUGUCAGUGCCAGCCGGUCAGCCAGUAGAAGUGGAGGGGGCGUCCCAGCCUGGACUCAUCACCAAGUCAGGGCUCGUUCUUUUCGGCUCCGAUGGAAAAGCGCUCCAAGUAAAGAACCUGCAGUUUGAGGAUGGAAAGAUGAUUCCUGCAUCCAAAUACUUCUCCUCAGAGGAGAGCGCCAGCUUGGAGCUCACAGACGAGGAGAAGAAGAUGGCCGAGGAGAUCAAGGCUAUCUGGAAAGGCAUUCUGAGCAACAUUUCAAGUAUCGAAGAAACAACAGAUUUCUUUAAGUCGGGAGCUGCUUCUAUGGAUGUGGUCAGAUUGGUGGAGGAGGUGAAGCAGAAAUGUGGAGGCGUUCAGCUUCAGAACGAGGACGUCUACAUGGCCAGCACCUUCCAGAGCUUCAUCCAGAUGUUCGUCCGACGCCUGCGCGGAGAGGACCAGGAGGAGGAACUCGUCAUCGAUUACGUAACGAAAGAAGUCAACAACAUGACGUUGAAAAUGCCCUACCAGUGUUUCAUCAACGGCAGCUUUGAAGACGCAGAAGACGGAAAGACGUACAACACGGUCAACCCCACAGAUGGCUCGGUGAUCUGUAAGGUGUCGUAUGCUUCAGUGGCGGACGUGGACCGUGCGGUGAGCGCAGCAAAAGCAGCCUUCGUCAACGGCCCCUGGGGUAAAAUGAACCCCCGUGACCGGGGCAGGCUGCUUUAUCGUCUGGCUGAUCUGAUGGAGGAGCAUCAAGAAGAACUGGCCACGAUCGAGGCCAUCGACUCUGGUGCCGUUUACACGCUGGCUUUAAAAACACACGUCGGCAUGUCCGUACAGACCUUCAGAUACUUCGCCGGCUGGUGCGACAAGAUCCAGGGCUCCACGAUACCCAUCAACCAAGCCAGACCCAACCGCAACCUCACCUUCACUAAGAAAGAACCUCUGGGAGUUUGCGCCAUAGUGAUCCCAUGGAAUUACCCACUGAUGAUGUUGGCGUGGAAGAGCGCAGCUUGUUUGGCAGCUGGAAACACGCUCGUCCUGAAACCCGCCCAGGUGACUCCUCUAACGGCACUGAAAUUUGCUGAAUUGACGGUGAAAGCUGGAAUUCCAAAAGGAGUCGUCAACAUUGUACCAGGAUCAGGUGGUCUGGUCGGACAGAGGAUGUCCGAUCACCCUGAUAUCCGUAAGCUCGGUUUUACCGGCUCGACUCCCAUUGGCAAACAGAUCAUGAAGAGCUGUGCUGUCAGUAACUUGAAGAAGGUCUCUCUGGAGCUGGGCGGUAAAUCUCCCCUCAUCAUCUUCAGUGAUUGUGACAUGGAUAAGGCCGUUAGAAUGGGCAUGAGUUCUGUUUACUUCAAUAAGGGAGAGAACUGCAUCGCUGCAGGCAGACUGUUUGUAGAAGAAUCCAUACAUGACGAGUUCAUCACUAGAGUGGUUGAUGAAAUCAAGAGGAUGAAGAUCGGAGAUCCGUUGGAUCGCUCCACGGAUCACGGACCUCAGAACCACAAAGCCCAUCUGGACAAGCUGGUGGAGUACUGCGAGAUCGGUGUGAAGGAGGGGGCGACGCUCGUCUACGGUGGGAAACAGGUGGACAGACCAGGCUUUUUUAUGGAGCCCACGGUGUUUACGGAAGUUGAAGAUCACAUGUUCAUCGCCAAAGAAGAAUCAUUUGGUCCUGUUAUGGUGGUGUCUAAAUUCAGGGAUGGUGAUGUGGAUGAUGUUCUAAGAAGAGCCAACGACACAGAGUUCGGCCUGGCCUCUGGGGUCUUCACCCGUGAUAUCAAUAAGGCCAUGUAUGUCAGCGAGAGACUGGAGGCAGGAACCGUUUUCGUCAACACCUACAACAAAACCGACGUGGCGGCUCCUUUCGGAGGCUUCAAACAGUCUGGAUUCGGGAAGGACCUUGGUGAGGAUGCCCUGCACGAAUACCUGCGGACUAAAGCCAUUACCGUGGAGUACUAAGAAAACACGUGCAGCCCGACUCCAGGCAGGACUCCAGGAGCCAUGAACGCAGUCCAAAGU